AUGUUCACUAUAAACAUAGGAAAUGUCACAACUAAUCAAAGUCUUGUUCCCGAAGAUUUCUUAAUUGGCUUUGGUAGCCUUUAUUCAGAAGAAUUAAUGUUGAUGGAUGUAUCCUGUGAUAAACGUUAUGCAGCUUAUGUCACCCACCAAAAAAAUAUAGCCACUCAGGCCUACAGAACACACGGUAAUCGCAAACGACUCUUUCUUUCCCGUCGCAAAUUUGUCGAAAACGGUCAGCACAACAUUAAAUCAGAAGCCUUACCCUACGUCAACAGGCAAGAAGCAUGUAUAGAAAUUACAAACCUCGUUCAAGAAGAUCACACGGAAUUCCAUUGCAAGUUCCUGUCCAUUUCCCCCGACGGGAAAUAUGUCGCCCUAAGUUUUUAUGAAGUUUGUGUCAAAAAUCCUCAUUGCCUGAUUUUUCAAAUGAAGAGUGAUGGUAAAUUUGAGUUUUAUCGAAAAUUAAAAUGCAAUGGACGCGCAGUUUUCUUUAAGCAAAAACCAGGUUACUCCUUGGCUUUAAUCAGUAUUGGCACGAUCGAGAUCUAUGACGAGUUUCCUAACAAUAUUAGAUUACCCAGUUAUUUAUUCGAUUCCGAAAAAUUAAAAUCCCACCUCCGGGAGGGCUUACUCGAAAAUAAGGCCUACAUCGAAACCGCUUCCUGGUUUGACGCAGAAGGACAGACAUUGCCUGUAGUUGUUGAACAAUUGAUAUUGAUUUCAAGACACAUACGCCAUAACGUUAUCGUCACCCAUUUUUCUACACGUCCUAUCGUCCGCGUUUGGUCUAUUGAAGAUGGCGUAAGAUUAACUUCCUUUGUUGCUCCCAACCAACACAUUAUGGCCUUCUCCAAAAAUUACAAAUACACCGCCGCAUGCAAUCCAACAGACAGAUCUAUUAAUAUAUACAAUGUAAAAAGUGGAUUACUUGUUUAUCAAUUAAAAUCCAAUUAUACACCGAAAGAAGACAAUCCAAUCAUGGUAUCUCACCUCCGAUUUUGCUACGAUGGUCGAUACAUUAGUGUAUCAGGAAUAGAAAACAAUUCCGUGUUUUUUGAAGUUUGGUAUGUCGAAGCAGAAAAGCUCGUUUAUCGAAAAACCGUGCAUAACUACCAAAAAAUACCAGCAUGUCAAGUACUACAGCAUGGCCGUAACGCCCCAAAUGUAUUCAAGUUUGUACAGCCUUUUGUCAUGCGAGAAAAUGAUGCAAAUGGCAAUAAAUACUUAAAAGGUGUGUACACCUCCUUCGAAGACAGCAAGCUGACUAUCAAUGAGCAUCAGUUGGAUAUCGAUGUUUGUGGUGAUCAAGUUGAAGAUCAGCUUAAAAUAACUUGGAUAGAAACAAAAAAUAUUUCCAUUGAUGGUGACCAUGAAAUAACUAAUGAACGAGGUCGACUUCAAUAUUUGAAACAUGGUCACUUUAAAAUCAAAGACACGGUUUACAUGCUUCUGUUUGGAAUACACAUGGUUCAACUUUGGGAACUAGCUAGUGGUACCAUCGAAGAAGAAUCGGAGAAGGAUGACAAACUGAUUUAUAUCCGAGCUUACAAGGGACCUGAUUACGGUGUGUGUUAUUCCUUUCGAGAAAAUUGGCGAAUUCAAAGCUUUGACAGCAUUAACUUUAUUGGUGGUAUUUCUUCAGGAAGAACAAUUGUCAAUAUUACCGAGAAUACAGAAUUUGGUACUAGUUCACCACAUUAUCACACAGAAGAAUUGUUCUUGCCAAUUGAUGAGUUACGAUCGGAUCCGGGAAGAACACCUUCAAGAACCUCACCUUCCGAUGAGGCUCCACCCACAAAACGAUUCGAUUAUCACAAACUUGAAAGCGCCUGUCAAGCUUUACAUUAUUUAUGGAGUGUCAAGAAAGCCAAAAAAGCCCCACAAACAUAUAUAAAUGCCCAAGAAUACGAGAAAAAUUUAGUUCGCAUGAUUGAUAAGACAAUUCAACUCAUCAAUCUCGCUGUAACAAAUAUUGAUAUAUACUCCAAUUUUUUCUCUACCAUUGCAGGAAGUCGGACAUUAGCUAUGCUCGCUUCAUUUAAAAAGGGCCGAGAAAUUAUUAAAUUAAUUAUUGUACAAGAGAUCCCCAUCAGCAUUUUCAGUUACCCUCGUACCAUCGUCUCCUCAACUUGCUCUCCCCCCUCCUCCUCGUAUAUAAACAAAAGAUCCACCUUCUUUUAUUCUCAUUUUAGCAAAAAAGACUCUCAAAAAACCUUUCACAAUAAUAGUGGUCAUGGAUCACAGCAUUUACUAUCACCACCCUCGAAUGAAGGCUUCAAGUAUAGAGGAUGUUCUUCAAAACCGCAUCAUACGCCUGGAGCUUAUCUUAAACGACCACCCAUUGCAGAAAAUGAAAAUGUUUUAACUGUUCUCAUUGAUGUUCUAAGUUAUGACAUUUACAAAUUACUAUUUAACCGCAUCUUGGAGGAUUCUAAGUACUUGGGUCCUGGUUGUCUUUCCUCUUUGACUGACGCACUUUUAUAUCUCCAGGAAGAAGGCAAUACCGAUCUUUUACUGUCAAGUAGUCAAAAAUUAUCGCUGUUAGUCAUCAAAAAGAACAAAUCCGGUGUCCUGAAAUCCGAGAUUGAACAACUCAUGUUAAUGAAGCCUCUUCAAAAAGCUUCUAAUGCGACAUUUCGGAACCUCGACUCUUACGCCACUAUGGAGCAAAUUAAAAAAUACCAUGGGCUAGAUCUUAUCUUUUAUCGUAUGCAACGGUGUUACCGUGGCAAACAAAUCUGUGAUGUCGUGAAGGGUGUCUAUUCACAGUGCCAAAAGUUUACGAAUUAUGUAUGGGAAAAUUUUGUCAAGGAAGGCCAGAAAGUCUCUCGCGGAUCUACUAAAGUCUGUGUGGUACCACUUCCUCAUUUUAUCACAUAUAGUAACUUACCCGAAGAUCAAAUUAAAAAGGAAGGGAGCAGUAAUAAUGAUUUGAUCACUUACAAAAAGAGAAGCGCCUUUGCACGUGUCACUAUCGAUCAAAACAUUAACACAAUCUUUCAACAAGGUGAUACGGUACUUGAAGUUAUCUUACAGUAUAAAUGGGAACAUUUCGCUCGCUGGAGAUUUGGUUUGAUCUGUGUUAUUCAUUUGAUUUACUACGUUUCUUAUUCUACAGGUGUAUUAUUUGCACAUGAUUUGUUUGAUCAUGGUCAAUCCCAGGAAGAAGCUUACCGUAUUACUUCACCAGCUCAGAUUUGUUGCUUGGUUCUAAUGUUUUUUUCCGUCUCUGUAUUGAUGGCUCAAGAGGUGCGACAGUUUUGGAAAACUUAUAGUAAACGACAUUAUUUCUUUUCUGGGUAUAAUUGGAUUGAUUUUGCUGCAAUUGUACUUCCUAUUUAUACCUUGAUUCAAAUGAUUUAUGGCUGGGAUUAUUUCAAUGAAGUAUGUAGUAUCAGUACAUUGGUCUUAUGGACACAUGCUAUUCUAAGAAUGCGGGUGAUAUCAUAUUUCGGAGUGACAUUGGAAGCGAUUAUCCAACUUUGUAAAAGUGUCUCUUCUGUACUCUUUGUGAUGGUGCUUGUGCUGUUUGCAUUUACCAAUGCGUAUAUUGUACUUUUACGUGACAAGCCAGACGAGUACUUUCAAGAAAACUAUGCAUCCAACUCGAAUGACACGCUCAUUUUAUCUUCUGAUAUCAGUACAAGCAAUGGAUUUGUCAACUUAUAUAAAGCGUUUGCAUGCGUCUGGUUCUUUGUGUAUGGUGUCUGGGACCCUGUUAACAAUGGAGCAGCUGGUGAUAGCAAAUUUCUGGUUGCCAUGUCUAUCGUGUUCUCACUUGUGACAGUAUUGAUCUUCUUCAAUCUGGUCAUUGCCAUGAUGGCAAGCACGGUGGAACAAGUAAAGCAAGGAGGUAAAAAAGCAUGGGUGAGCCAUUUUGCAGCUGUGGUUUCCGAGAUUGAAAAUAUUUGGUGCCCACAAAGUGUCAAAAGAAGUAGAAGACAUAAUCCAACGUAUAUUUAUUAUGUGGCGAGUGAGGAAUCGGUGCAGAAACACGAAGAGGAUCUUUUGAGAGAGUCCGAAAAGAUAAAACGAAAAUUAAAGAUGGAAACCCUAUCACCAUCUGGCCCUGUCUACAGUGAACAUAAUCAGACAAGGGGAUCGUUUUCUUCAAGUUUUUAA